AUGGCCUCCUUCGAAUCGUGGCAGUCGCCUCUCUCGGCGCGUUAUGCGUCCAAGGAGAUGUCCGGUCUCUUCUCCAACGCUACCCGUUUCUCCACUUGGCGUGAGCUCUGGCUCAACCUCGCCAUUGCCGAGCGCGAACUGGGCCUCGACAUCCCGCAGGAUGCCAUCGACCAGAUGAAGGCCAACCUCACCCUCGACGAGCGCCAGAUGGCUCUGGCCGCUGAAGAGGAGAAGCGCAGGAGGCACGAUGUCAUGGCUCACGUCCAUGUGUUUGGUGUCGUCGCACCCAAGGCUGCCGGCUUCAUCCACCUUGGUGCUACUUCGUGCUACGUCACGGACAACGCCGACCUCAUCUUCCUGCGCAAGGGUCUCGACCUGCUGCUGCCCAAGCUGGCGCUGGUGAUCGAGCGCCUUGCUGCCUUUGCUGAGAAGCACAAGGCUCUACCGACGCUCGGUUUCACGCACAUGCAGCCUGCACAGCUCACCACGGUCGGCAAGCGUGCUACGCUCUGGAUCCAGGAGCUGCUGUGGGAUCUGCGCAACAUCCAACGUGCCCGCGACGACUUGGGUUUCCGCGGUGUCAAGGGUACCACGGGUACGCAGGCUUCUUUCCUUGCCCUCUUUGACGGCGACCACGCCAAGGUCGAGGCGCUCGACGAGCGUGUCACGGAGCUCUUUGGCUUCCCGCAUGCCAUGCCUGUCACCGGCCAGACUUAUUCGCGCAAGGUCGACAUUGACGUGCUCAACAGCCUCUCGUCCUUCUCCGCCUCGGCGCUCAAGAUGGCUACCGACAUUCGACUGCUCUGCCACCUCAAAGAGGUCGAGGAGCCGUUCGAGAAGGACCAGAUCGGCUCGUCGGCUAUGGCGUACAAGCGCAACCCCAUGCGAUCCGAGCGUGUCUGCGGCCUCGCCCGAUGGCUGGGCAAUGCCGUCAACUCGGCCCGCGAGACCGCCGGUGCCCAGUGGAUGGAGCGCACACUCGACGACUCGGCCAACCGCCGCCUCUCGAUCCCCGAAGCCUUCCUCACCGCCGAUGUAAUCCUCACCAUCCUCCAAAACGUAUCCGAGGGCCUCGUCGUGUACCCUGCCAUCAUCGCCCGUCGCAUCCAGAGCGAGCUUCCCUUCAUGGCUACGGAGAACGUCAUCAUGGCCAUGGUCCGCGCCGGCGGUGACCGUCAGGAGUGCCACGAACGCAUCCGCGUCCUCUCGCACCAGGCGGCAGCCCAGGUCAAGGAGCACGGAAAGGAGAACGACCUCAUCGCACGAAUCAAAGACGACCCCUACUUCCAGCCCAUCCUGUCGCAGAUGGACCAGCUCCUCGACCCACAGUCGUUCACUGGCCGUGCGGAACAGCAGGUCGACAGCUUCCUCGCCAAGUGGGUCCGCCCGGCCAUCGAGCCAUACCAGGCCGCCAUCCAGGGCGCUGGCAAGGCUGAGCUCUCUGUUUAA